AUGGCCUACACAGAACAGAGCCCUCUUCUUGGAGAGCGAUCGCAAGAGCCCUACAAAAAACAGUCAAUAUGGAACGCAACGCGAAUAUGCAUCAUCUGCUAUAUCGGCGCCCUACUCUUUGAUUCGGCUCAAAUCCUGCGCACCAUGCCGAGAACUAAACUCUUCGAGUCAAUUAUAUGCCAAAAAUACUAUGCUUCGACAAACACCAUACCAGAGCACAUGUGCAAGGUAAAUCCGAUCCAGGAAGAGCUCGUCACAACGCAAACAUGGCUCAAAGGUGGCGAGAGUGUAUGCGCGCUUCUCGUGGCACUCCCAUUUGGUAAUAUUGCAAACACCAAGGGCCGUUCGCUUGUGUUGACCCUAGCAAUCUCGGGCCAGAUUCUUGCAGACGCAUGGAUUGUCGCGGUUUGCUUCUUCAACUACACCCUGCCGCUUUCCCUGAUCUAUGCGUCCCCGCUUCUUCGGUCUAUCGGUGGAGGAGAGAUGGUCAUGUCUGCGAUUAUUCAUGCUCUUCUGGUAGAUGUGGUUGCCGAAACGAAUCGUGCGCAGGCAUUCUUUAACAUGGCUGUCAUGACACUUAUUGCUGAACUGGUGGCCCCUGCUGUUGGGUCCUUGUUGGUGGACUGGCAGGGCGUGUACAUCCCAUUGCUGUGUGCCUUCCCGCUGCAGGUUGCCAAUAUGGUAAUUUUCGGUCUCCUACCUGAUACUAGACCCCCAAAAACACUGGAGAAUGAGAAUAAUUGCGAUCCGGUUGAAGGCAGACAUUCGACUGAAGCGUCAGAUAAGGCAGGCUUUGCUAAUUGGGUGAAGUCUCUCAAGAGAAGCUGUGCACCUUUCCAGAUAAAGGCCAUCUGGUUGGUGACAGUUUGUUAUAUCUCUACCAUGUUAGCUAGGGAUACGAUUGACCUUUUGGUUCAGUACGUCUCCAAGCGAUUUGAAUGGAGCUUAGCCAAGGCAAACUACCUGAUUUCAGCUAAGGCGUUGGUCAGCAUGGCGCUCUAUUUGUUGUUAUUACCACUUCUCCGUAGGGCCCUCGCAAAGGAAUGCUCCAUCUCACCACCAAUAAUAGAUCUAUGGGUUGCACGAGGAAGCUCUUUGUUUGGUGUCCUAGGCCCUAUUCUUCUAGGAGUGGCCUCUGGACCAGUUCUCUUGGUUAUGUCUCUUGUUCUUUUCACCUUUUCAUUGGGAUACCCGUUUUCCAUUCAGUCAUACGGGACAUCGUUAGUCCAACCAGUUGAGGUCGCCCCAUUCUAUUCUGCACUGGCAGUUCUUCGAAUUGCUGCCACUCUCUUGACGUCCCCUCUCCUUGCUAUGGCAUUUAAAUAUGGGUUAAACGCUGGAGGCGCGGUGUCAGGCUUGAUUUUCUACAUUGCCGGUGGUUUAUUCUUAAUUGCUGCUGUCGGCAGCUCCCUGUUACGGUAG